AUGUCGGCAAUCGAUGUUGAAGCACCUACCUCAUUUACCGUAUUCGAGAAGCUCCCCCUCGAGAUGCAGUGCGAUAUUUGGAAGUUCGCUUCCUUCCUCCCUCGAGCUGUUGCGAUCGAGGUCAAAAACUUUAAUAAUGGCUAUGAGCCUGCCAGUUUGAAGUGGUUCAGAUGGACGUCAACUACUGCUGUACCUGCUCUCUUUAGUGUUUGUAGGGCGUCUAGACAUGAGGCUGAGAAGUAUUACAAGAGAUCCUUUGUCGCCAAACAACAUAGUGAUUUCGGUUUCGAGAUCACUCUUGUCCCGAGAUUUUACAUCAACCCCGAGAGCGAUAUUAUCUGUCCACUUGUUAAGACCAUGAGUACUCGUCAUGGGCUUUUAUUCAGUGAGAAUAUUCGUGAUCUUGAGCUCAAGCACGUGGGACUAGAUGAUGGCGCGUGGGAUGGAUAUUGGAGGAACAACAAUAAGAAGGUCCUCGAUCUAAGAGACGAAUGGAACGAUAACAAGGAUGACAGCUACAUGCGAGAGCUUUGUGGAUACUGGAACCCCAUCAUUCCGCUAAUCGUGGACGCAUCUUACAAACUGGAAUCAAUCACAAUCUACACUUGCCGCAGUGGAUAUGACAAUACCAAGCCUCUCAAACUCAUUCCUCUGAAUAAAAGGUUUCUGGGACGUCGUGAACAACAUAGGGCUGACAUCAUCGAAUAUGAUAUCACCAAAGUAUUAAUUCAUAACCUGAGAGGAUGGAUAAACAGGCAAAUCGAAUACGACGUGGCUGCGGAGAUCCAUGAUCUGGAAAGUGAACCUGUGUAUUGGAGUGUAAAGCCAUCGCCGGGUUAUACCGAAAGUUAUCUCAGAGAGUGGAUCUCCGAUGACAUAUACGGUCAACCUCCAGAAUCAUUGCCCAAAUGGGUACCUCCUCGCGUGGAGCGAAUGAUGACAGAAGACAUAUGGGCCUUGCGCCUGCGAAAAUCUGUCAAGAAGCCCUCUGAUAAACUAUGA